GGCGCAGUCCACAUCCAAUUGAAGAUUUGAGGAUGGAAACGUGAGGACAACGGGUCUGUUGGAAGCGAGUAGUCAGAAUGGAAUAACCCAGAAGAAGCCCAGUAUACACUCAGGGUGCUUUUUUGAUCCGUACUUUAACCCUACUGAGAAAACCCUGCUGCCUGUCAUUCAGCGGACCGUGAAGUCGCUCUUAAUAGGAUUUUAUUGAAGCGCGUCUCUCCGGAUCAGGUGCGCCGGCAUUUCCUUAACUUACCUGGGAUGAUGAGUUCUGCUUAUUUUUCACCGAGCAGAAGCGCGCAGGUGUGACUGUGGAUUUAAAUUCCAAAGUUUGGAUCUUCUCUUUCCGGGAUUUUCAGUUGUUGCUUGGAGAUGUACGCACCUUGUUUAACACAUCAGUUCAUUCUGGAUGGAUGUUGUCGAUGUUAUCACGGCUGUUCUGGCAGAUGAUCGUGUGAAUAUAUUCACACCGUGGAUACCUGCCGUCCUGUGUGUUCGCGCGGUCGGGGUCUCGUUCACAUGAAAAUCACCCCGUGGUGCUUUCUUGAGGAAAGUUUGUGACUGGGACGCGGUGGACGAUGAAGGCAGCGCAUUAUUUUUGGCCUCCCUGCGGACACAGAGCUCAGUGACGGCUCCCCGCCCCUGGUUUUAAUAUAAUUUAUAAUUUGUGGAUGGAUUUGUGAAUAGGUGUGUCUUGGGUUUAGCUGGACAAUAUGUAUCCAAACUGUGGAGUCCUGCUCAGGCUGGAGGGGAGAGCAGCGGAGAUCCCAACCCCUUCCUGGGACCACAGGUGUUCCUUGUAAACAGUGACUCCAGAUCCCAAAAUGCCGAGCUGCGGAUAGAGAGACUGCCUUGUGGGUCAAGCUGACCUGUGUCUUACCUCCCUGCACAUCCUCUGCUCAUCAUUUCCUAAUUCCUCGUCCUUUUCCUUUUCUCUUUUUACUUUGUAUCCCCCCUUUAUCCUCCCUUUACUCUUUCUCCUCUCAUCUCUCUUUUCACUUUAUCCCCUUUUUUAAAUCCCGUCUUUUCCCCAUCCUUCUUCCCUCUCCCCUGCAUCACUAUCUACCUCUUACCGUCUUCACCUACCUCUCCUCUUUUAGUUGUUGUAUCUCCCACCUGUCCUCUCUCCCUCCCUUGUUCUCCUCUCCCCCCCUCCCAAAUCCACCACGUCCUCCUCUUCCUCCCCCCACAGCACACAUGCAGGCCAAGAAGCGGUACCUGCUUGUGUCUGUGGGGGCCGGUCUUCUCUUCCUCGUCUACCUGUGGGGUCUGCAAAUCGGGGAGUUCCAGCAGCAGCCGUACCAAUAUCACCAGUUCCCUCAGUACCCCCAGUACCAUCAGUACUACCAGCAGGAAUACCAAUACUACCACCAGAGCCAGGAGGUGCACCAGCCCCUGCCUCAGAGAAGCCCAUCUAGACCUCCCAGGCACUGGCCGGAGUCAUCCCACCUGCUGGAGCCGUACCUGGAGGGGGGAGAGCAAGAGGAGGACAGCCCUCAGCUCCAUCACCAGCACACCUCACCUCGUGAACGACGUGCAAUCCGGGACAACAUCUACAAGAACAAGCGCUGCCGUAUGGAAACCUGCUUUGACUUUGCUCGCUGCCAGUCUGGUUUCAGGGUUUACAUCUACCCUCCGCUGAGAGGGGACGAGAUCUCCCAGACCUAUCAAAAGAUCCUGUCGUCCAUCGAGGAGUCUCGCUUCCACACCACGGACCCAUCGAGGGCCUGUCUGUUCAUUCUGGCUGUGGACACGUUGGACAGAGACCAGCUCUCGGCUCAGUACGUCCAGAACGUCAGGCUCCGCAUUCAGAGCCUGCCAACGUGGAAUGAUGGCAGGAAUCACCUCAUAUUCAACCUCUACUCCGGCACCUGGCCGGACUACACAGAGGAUCUGGGCUUUGAGGUGGGCCAGGCCAUGCUGGCCAGGGCAAGCGCAGACGUGGUCAACUUCCGGCCCAACUUUGAUAUCUCCAUCCCUCUAUUCUCCAAGGAUCACCCGCUAAAAGGAGGGGGCAUAGGUUAUCUGACAUUCAAUGAUGCACCGCCUUCCAGGAAGUACCUACUGGUUUUCAAAGGGAAACGAUACCUAACUGGUAUAGGUUCUGAGACAAGGAAUGCUCUGUAUCACAUCCACAACGGGGAAGAUAUUAUUCUGCUGACCACUUGUAAACAUGGCAAAGACUGGGAGAAACACAAGGACUUUCGCUGUGACAGAGAUAAUGAAGAAUACUCAAAGUUCGACUACCAGGAGCUGCUACACAACUCCAGUUUCUGCCUGGUGCCCCGGGGCCGACGUCUUGGAUCCUUCCGCUUCCUGGAGGCCCUGCAGGCGGCUUGUAUCCCUGUUAUUCUGAGCAACGGCUGGGAGCUUCCCUUCUCUGAAGUCAUCGACUGGAGGAAAGCCGCCAUCAUUGGAGAUGAGAGACUGCUGUUACAGGUUCCCUCCAUUACCCGGUCUGUGGGCCAUGACAGGAUCUUGGCUCUCCGCCAGCAGACUCAGUUCCUCUGGGACGCCUACUUUUCUUCUGUAGCCAAAAUCGUCUUAACUACACUGGAGAUUAUCCAGGAUCGUGUGGACUCCCAUGUGUCCAGAAGUCGGUUGUUGUGGAAUUCCCUACCUGGUGGUCUCUAUGCACUCCCCCAGUACUCAACUGACCCUGCCCAGUUCCCUUUUUACUAUGCCAUACUGGGAAAAAGCCCAUCGCAGCAGUUCACAGCUGUGAUCCAUACAGUUACUCCUCUGCAGUCCCAAAUCUCCCCUGUGGUGAAGCUCAUCAUCGCUGUAGCCAAGUCCAAGUUCUGUGCACAGAUUGUGGUUUUAUGGAACUGCGAAAAGCCUUUACCUCCUAGGAACAAGUGGCCCUCCACCAGCGUGCCUCUCACUGUCGUUGAAGGACAGACCAAGACAAUGAGCAGUCGUUUUUUCCCCCACAAUGCCAUCCUCACUGAUGCUGUUCUCAGUCUGGAUGAAGACUCUGUUCUCUCAACCAAUGAGGUGGAUUUUGCCUUUAUUGUAUGGCAAAGCUUUCCGGAGCGCAUCAUUGGUUAUCCAGCAAGGAGCCACUACUGGGAUAGUUCCAGAUCCCGCUGGGGCUACACCUCCAAAUGGACCAAUGACUACUCCAUGGUCCUUACGGGGGCAGCUUUCUACCACAGAUACUACCACUACCUGUUCACCCACUAUGUCCCAGCCAGCCUGCUGACCAUGGUGGACCGCAUGGCUAAUUGUGAAGACAUCCUGAUGAACUUCCUAGUUUCAGCCAUUACCAAGCAGCCGCCAAUCAAAGUCACACAGAAGAAGCAGUACAAGGAAACCAUGAUGACCCAGGGCUCCAAGGCAUCUCGGUGGGCCGACCCAGACCAUUUCGCCCAGCGACAGACCUGCAUGAACGCCUUCAGUCACUGGCUGGGUUUCAUGCCCCUGGUGCACUCCCAGAUGAGGCUGGACCCUGUGUUGUUUAGGGACCAGGUUUCCAUCCUGAGGAAGAAAUACAGGGACAUUGAAAAGCUAUGAAUGCACAAGGAUACACACCAAAUCAUUGGCAGGAAGAGGAAAAGUAAGAGAACCUGGCCGUGUGUGUGUGUGUGUGUGUGUGUGUGCUCUUGUGUUUCCUGUCUAAGAGGUCGUGACAAGAAUACAUGCACUAAAUGUGAAGAUUUGUGAGGCUAUAUAUAGAAAAACUCUAACAUGCACUGGACAUAAAAAUGAUAAAACACUGAGGUACGCUUAAGGCAUUUAACUGCGUAUUUCAAUGAGCAAAAAAACACUCAUUCUGUAUACGUGGUAAAUAACAGCGAGUGACUGUACACACGUGCAAUGUGUGACAAUACAAAUAUGAGUGCAUGGAUACACAUGCAACAAAGACCUGGACACAUUCAAGACAGUCCUGACCACAGACAUAUAGUAUGUGUUGCAUGGUUUGAGACAACUGUACAAGGACCUGAAAAAGACUUGUUUGAAUAUGGAAAAAAAAUCGAAGAGAUAUGUCUAUUGUGUUAGUUGGACUGUUGGGAGUAGAGGAGUAUACAGUAUACUGUUGGGCAAAAGACAAAGGAGAUUUUUAGGUUAUAGGUUGUUUACAUAAAGUCAAAGGCCGCAUUAUAUGGGGUUAUGUAUGUAUAAUAAAGACAGAAUUGUGGACAAAAGGGACUAACUGUAGCUUCUGGGUCGUGCCACAUGAUAGCUGCUACCCCAAAACACCAGAGACAAUGGCAAUAUGCCUCUUGUAUACUAUUGUAGAUUUUCAGCAGCAGUUCCUGUCUGUGUGAAGAAAAUGA